AUGGCAAAUGGAGCUCAGAUGACCGUCCAGAAGUCUGUUACUGAAAAUGUAAAUCUUUUACAGGUCACCUGCUUGAGCAGGUUGAUGUGGUUCAGAGCUCAUCAACUAUACUGGUAAGCUGUGUGCGAUCAUGUGUUAGUCACAAGGUUGGAAACAAAGGUCACCUAAUGUUCUCUCAGUUUGUCACAAACAUUCAGGAUGCUGAAAUCACCAGACAUGCUUCUCUUCUUCUGUCUUGUCGGGGCAGCGGGUGCCCUGCACAAACAGUGGAUUCCUGACACCAACUAUGAGAAUAAGACCAACUGGGAUAAAGAAAAUGUUCCAUGUGGCAACGACAUAGUUCAGUUUCCAGCCCAGAGAAAAGUGUCUGUGUUCGUGGAGACCACGCAUGCUGUGCAGGAGAUGAAGCUGCCAGUUGAUGGAGAGUUCAUCCUGAAUUCAGGAGCUGGAUUUUAUGUUGUGAGAGGACAAGAUUCGGGCUGCGGAGCGGGUGUCACAACUCAAUUCAAAGAUUCCGAGUCUCUCCAGUGGUUUAACCCAGCUCUGUGGCAGGCAGCUGCAACUCAGGAUGACCUGCAGCGCGGGAAUUUCUUAUUCUCAGUCCACGAGGAGAGUGUCCCUUGCCAGUAUGAUGAUGUGGUUUUUAAAGCCCGCUCCUCUUUCAGGGUGGACACCAGCUCCAGUCAGCCUAGCAUUCCUGUCAAAUCUGUGUCUGUGCUGGGGAAGAAGUUUGAUAGCGGAUCUGAGUUUUCCCAUUAUCUCAGCUCACGUUCAGGCCAGCUGCAGUUUCAAGGAUCCUCUGCCUUCUCUAUUGGAAACCAAGAGUGUGGGGAUCCUUCUGGCUGUGACUGUGGGAAUUCUGUGAACCAUCAGCAGAUCUGUAACAGUGUAACAUGUGCCUCUCUGGGCUGUAAGAAGCCUCUUCUCCCUGUGGGACACUGCUGUGAUGUUUGUGGUGCCAUUGUUACCGUCCAAUACGCCGCUGGGUUCAACCUGCAAACUUACAGGCAACGAAUUCAUCACCUAUUUCUAGUCCUGCCACAAUACAAUUCCAUUCAGUUGGGCAUGUCUAAAGUCUUCAAGUCACAGCGGCUGAUGGGGGUCAUCCCUUCUGGUACCUCACCUGAAAUCCAGGUGCUUAUCGUGGAUGGAGAGAAGGGAACACUGUCAGAGGUUCUGGCCAGGGACAUAGUGAAGGAUGCCCAUUCUCAUGGCCCCACCCUGGGAAUCACUGGGGCUGAAUUUCAAGCCUCCUCUGGGAGCAGCAGUGAUCAGACUGGUGGUAGUGCUGGGAUGGUGGCUGGAGUUGUGUUUGGAGUUUUGAUUGUGAUUACACUCAUCAUUAUCAUUGUCGUCCUGAUUCGUAAGGGGGUUAUUCAAUUGCCAUCAUCACUGCCUUCUCUGAGCAGCUUCGUGAAAAGCAGCGAUGUUACAGACCUUGGUGGGCCUCUUGACCACGGCUUUGAUAAUCCCAUUUUUGACCAGCCAAACAUGAUGCCUGAUAUUCCUGGUGUGUAUGCAACUGAAACAAAUAAUUCGAUCUCCAUGACUCAGACGGGUGUGCACUUUGUGAAUCCAGUUUAUGACGAGAACGAAACUGAUUUUAGUUGA